AUGUUAACUUUAAUCGAAAAUUUUCCUAUUACAACAGGCCUUACAUUAAUUAUAAUGCUAUUGUUAACUGCAAUUCUGUAUGAACAAAUAACAUUUAUUUAUAAACGUUCUUCGCUACCUGGUCCUCCAUUGGUCAUACCAUUUUUUGGCAGUAUAUUUCAAAUGGUCGGUAACCCCUAUAAUUUUUGGCAUAAACAAAUGUCAUACGGUGCACUAAGUUGGAAUUCAAUAGUUGGUCAGUUUGUAGUUAUGGUAACAGAUGGUCAUUUAGCACGACAAAUAUUUGAACAAUGUUCAGAGAAAAUGCCAUUAAUGUUAAAUCCGAAUGCUCAUCGUUUAUUGGGUAAAGAUAAUAUUGCAUUUAUAAAUGGACCAGUACACAAAAAACUACGUUCAACACUAUUACCAUUAUUUACCACAAAAGCACUGACAAUUUAUUUAAACAUACAAGAAAAAGCAAUUAGAGAACAUAUUAAAUAUUGGUUAGAGUUAUCGAGAAAUACUGAUCCCAAUACUGGAUUUGAGAUGAGACAAUUAAUUUAUGAUUUAAAUUUAAAUACAAGUCUAUCAGUAUUUUUGGGUUCGUACAUAGAUGAUUGUUCAAGAAAACAAUUUAAAUAUGAUUAUCAAAGAAUAACACAAGCGAUGUAUGCAUUUCCAUUUUUUCUACCAGGUACAAAACUAUGGCAAGGAUGCAAAGCUCGACGAUCAAUCUUAAACAAUUUAAAAUCAAUUGUAAAUGCGAGUAAAACUCGAAUACAAGAUCAGAAAGAAGAACCAACAUGUUUACUAGAUUUUUGGAUGCUAAGCCUUCUGAAUCAGGAUGAAGAAAACAAACAUAAAACAGACGAAGAUAUAGCUAAAGUAACAUUAGAUUUCAUAUUUGCUAGCCAAGAUGCCUCAACAUCAUCAUUAACAUUUUCAGUUCAUGAACUAUCUCAAAAUCCAAAUGUUCUUGAAAAAUUAAGAACGGAACAAAAUUUAUUACGUGGGAAUAACAAAUCAGGUCUAAUUACACCUGAUUUAUUAACAAAUAUGAAAUACACCUGGCAAGUAAUGAGGGAAAUAUUACGUCUCAGACCACCAGCAACAAUUGUUCCGCAUAUGACAAAUGUUAGUUAUAAAAUAAAUAGUGAAUAUACCAUUCCAGCGGGUACAAUUGUUGUUCCAUCAAUAUGGUCAUCAAAUCGGCAUGGUUUUAGUAAUCCAGAUCUGUUUGAUCCAGAACGAUUUAAUAGUGAGAGAAAUGAACAUUCAUUAUUUGAAAAACAAUUUUUAACAUUUGGCUGUGGUCCUCAUGCAUGUAUUGGUCAACGUUAUGCACAAAAUCAUAUCAUGUUAUUUUUAUCUAUUCUAAGCGAUUAUCAGUUUGAAAGACAAAAUACAUCAAAUAAAGAUGAAAUUAUUUAUUUACCAACUAUUUACCCAGCUGAUGGGUUAUGUACAAUAAAAUUCGACUAUGAUCGUUCGACCCUAACCGGUUACGGAACGGAUGAUGUUGGAGAUUAUACACUAAAAGGUGUUUAUUCAACUAGAAAUCUAAAAAUGGGCAUUGUCAAAACGUAUACGCUCGGCACAGGCCCGAAUAGACGUCAGAACUUGGGACACGAUGUUAAUAUUCAGUUGGAGUGGAAUGAAAAUCAGGGAGAUUUUCAAGGCAAAUGGGCGAAUUAUUUUAGAAUACCUCAUGUACAAUCGUUUCCCAAAGUCACGAUGUCAGCAUCAAUAAACAAAGUCCAGUCACAGCGAGGUGGUGGUGGUGGUGGCGGUGGAUCGUCUGGAGGAGGUGGAGUCGAUCACUUGCCGUCGAAGAAUGGACAAGCUGUUGGUUUUCGUCCUCGAUUAACGGGAUUAGUAACUGAAGCACGAGAACUUUCACGGAACGGUGGUGGAGCUUAUUUUAUUGGAUCGGGCGGUGGAGGAGGAUCAUGUGGUCAAACGUGUGGAAUCGUACUUGGUUCCAUUUUCGGAACAAUUGCAAUGGCGUUAAUCAGCGUCUUUUCGUGCGUUUGUAUUCGAAAAUAUUGGAGAGGCAGACCGUUCUAUUCUCCAAGUCAAUGGGUCAACAAGACUAAACCAUUUAAGCGAGCUCUUCAAGAACAUCCCGACAUAUUUCAAUCCGGUUCAUGGUCCGGUGAAUAUUUUCAAGAUGGUCAUUAUCACCAAUUGCCAGUAUGUACAAUAAAAUUCGACUAUGAUCGUUCGACCCUAACCGGUUACGGAACGGAUGAUGUUGGAGAUUAUACACUAAAAGGUGUUUAUUCAACUAGAAAUCUAAAAAUGGGCAUUGUCAAAACGUAUACGCUCGGCACAGGCCCGAAUAGACGUCAGAACUUGGGACACGAUGUUAAUAUUCAGUUGGAGUGGAAUGAAAAUCAGGGAGAUUUUCAAGGCAAAUGGUAUGUGAGAACAUCGGAAUAUCAGGGUGAAAAUAUAUAUAAACUUCGAUGUUUGGUUCCAUUGCCGCCAGACUAUGAUACAUUAAGUUUUAGCAACAUACGCGAUUAG